UCUUAACUAAGACCUGAAUUCAUCUUCUUGCAAGAUCCAUGAAUGAUCAACAAAAUAAUAAUAAUAAUAAUUCCGUUUUGAUCAGGUAGAAGAUUGAGCAGAGAGAAGUGAAUGAGGAAGGAACCUUUAUGAGAAGAAAGACUCCCAGCCAUCAGGAGACCUUUGCUGAGUUGCGGGGAUUGAGUAGGUAACUGAACAGUCUUCUUCUUGAACAAAAUGGCUGAUGGAAACGACACUUCUAUGAAGGAGUUCAUUAUUUUGGGAUUAACAGAUGAUCCUGUCCUCCGAAUCUUCCUCUUCACAUUGUUUCUCGUGGUUUAUGUGGUCACAGUUGUGGGUAAUCUCAGCAUUAUCAUCUUAAUCAGGGCCAGUUCCCAACUUCACAUGCCAAUGUACCAUUUUCUGAGCCAUUUGGCUUUCAUCGAUUUUUGGUAUUCGUCAACUGUCACCCCAAAGAUGCUUAAGGGCUUCUUAGUGGAGAGAGACACAAUAUCCUUUUCUGGCUGUGUUGCCCAGCUCUGUUCUGUCUUUGUCUUUGGGACCUCCGAGGGCAUCUUACUGGCUGUGAUGGCUUACGACCGAUUUGUGGCCAUCUGUAAUCCCCUGCUCUAUACCAUCUCCAUGUCCAAUAAAGUCUGUGCCCAGCUCACAGCUACCUCCUAUGUCGGGGGCUGUUUAAAUAGCAUGUUGUUUACCAUCUGUGUGCUUGGUUUAGCCUUCUGUAGAUCCAAUGAAAUCAACCAUUUUUUCUGUGAUUUCCCUCCAUUAGUGGAACUUGCCUGUUCUGAUGUUUAUCUGGUUCAAAUAAUUUCUUCCAUCUCUGCUGCCAUCAUCAUUUUGAGCACCGUCCUAACCAUAGUCAUCUCUUACGUACACAUCCUCUGUGCCAUUGUGAGGAUCCAGGCAACCGGUGGGAGACAGAAAGCUUUCUCUACGUGCACCUCUCACCUGACGGCCGUUAUUCUAUAUUAUGGAACCAUCGCGUUCACUUACGUUCAGCCCAGCUCCAGCCACUCUUUGGAGCAGAAUAAAGUUGUGUCUCUGUUCUACACAGUGGUGAUCCCCAUGUUGAACCCCCUAAUCUAUACUCUGAGGAACAAGGAUGUGAAAGGGGCAGCGUUGAGGAUAAUAGACAAGUAUGAAUAAUAAUUUUUAAAUAAAAUGUGGGAUGAUCCUUUGAUAAUUCAAGGAUGAUCAGGAAAAAGUACAUGCUUGUCUGUUGUUUUGUUGACAGAUUGUAAUUGUGAGUUUGAAAGAAAUAAA